AUGAACCCACGAACCGCCGCCUCAAUGCUGCGGCAACGGACCGCCGGCAACCUGCUCCGCGCCGAGCAGGCCGCCACCACCGCCGGCCGCCACUCGUGCCUGCGCAGCCGCCACGCCCAGCAGCAGAAGCGCUGGAACACGCCCGCGCCCAAAGCCGGCGACGGCCCUCUCAUGUCCCGCCGCGCCGACCGCCAACUCCCCGACGUCUCGCAGGUCGGCUUCCGCUGGGGCCGCACCCUCCCGCUCUUCGCCGUUCUCGUCGCCGCCUCCUCGCUCGCCAUCUUCAACUACCAAAAGUCGUCCUCACCCGUCAUCUCCUCGACCCUCUACGCGCUGCGCACCUCGCCUCGCGCCCGCGCGGCCCUCGGCGACGAGGUCUACUUCAAGCACUCGAUCCCCUGGAUCUCGGGGGAGAUCAACCAGGUGCAGGGCCGCAUCGACGUGCGCUUCUCGGUGCGCGGGUCGCGCGGCACGGCGGUGAUGCGCUUCGCGAGUCGCAGGCCGGGAAGCCGCGCGCUGUUCGAGACGUCCGAGUGGAGUCUGCGGACGGAGGACGGCACGUGGAUUGAUUUGCUGGAGGACGGCGACCCGUUCGGGACGCUGCUGGCGGAUGAAGGCAUGGAGGCGGCGGCGGCGGCGGCGGCGGCGGCGGAACCGUUGGUGGAGGAGCCGGUCCAGAGAGGGUUCAGGCAGCAGGGCGCGCUGAACAAGUAA